AUAAUUAUAAUGUCUCAAACCCCUUCCCCACAACCAGCGCCCACCCCGCCAGCGCAGAUCACGCCGUCUGCGCAAGCAUCCCAACCAGCGCCAGCGCCUCAAGCCACACCCGCGACACCUCUACCGGCACAGGCACAGGCACGACAACCCACCACGCCCAUAGCUCCUCCUCCACACAUACUGAACUUCGCGACACCCGCGCCCGUCCCGCCGCAAACCUUCCGCGAAAAGCUCAGAGCUGGCGAUGCCCACUGGCCUUGGCAGCUCGGCCUGCGCGCCAUCACCAUUCUCGUCGGCAUCAUAGGCAUUGGCUGCACAGCGUGGGCAGUUUCGAAAUACACCCACAACACCUACGACUUCCUGUACGACUUAGAAGAUUCGUGGUCAAUCCCGUGGGGCCUCAUCACCUUCACCAUCUCCGUCAUUUGGAGCGCCAUCUGUAUCCUCGUCUUCCUGCUACGGCAUACGAAUAGACCCGUCCACCCCGGUGUACGCGUCGGCAUCGAUCUGAUACUCUGGCUGGCUUUCAUACCAACGGCAAUGUUUGCGGUUGUCGCGGUCAUGAGCGUGGUGGACUGGGGUCAAGAUGGGAGUCUGGGGUAUUAUUACUCGAGCUACGGGUACUACCAGUACAUACCGAGCAACGGCACGUGGGUGUGGGAGGCCUCGGACGACUCGUACUACAGCAACCAGCCACGCGACUGCAGCGGGAGUAGUAGCUACUACUCCACGUCCGACUUUUCAACUUGCGCCGAGCAGGACGCAUACGUCAACGAGCUGUGGAGGGGCAAGAACCUGCGCUUCAACAUCGAGCUGACGUCUUGCGUGUGCCAGUUCAUCUCCCUGGUCGCGCAUCUGGCGCUUUUCGUCUUUGCCUGCGUGGAUACACAUUACAGGAAUUCGAGGAAGGUUAGCAAGGAGGCGGAGCAGCUGGCAGCGGAUAUCGUCAUGAAUAUGGUCCGGACGGGGGCUAUCAUACAGCCACCGGGCGCGGCGCAGAUGAGGCCCAUGGCUCCGCAGAUGAUGUCCAUGGCCCCGCAGAUGAUGCCGCCACAGCAGAUGCCCAUAUAUCCCCCUCAGCGAAGUCCGCUGCGGCCAUAUCCGACGCCGCCCCAGCAGGCUGCAGCAUCGAGCAGCAACGAGAAGAGUGCUGGGCCGCGGUACGCAUGACGAGGCGGACUGUCUUGCUUUCCUUCCCUAUGUACAAAAGAUAGCGAUCAUAGAGGAUCGCAUAUAUAAUGCUAAUGAAAUUGGAUAUAUGUGGGACUCCAUUCAUUUGCAUCGAUCUCAACAGCCAUUGCGUCCGUUCGUGCCCUUCUUAUUUGGUUAACUUUCGCCGCAAAUGUCGGGAAGAAUUGCCACGUGAGGAAGAUGACAAUGUAGAUGUCAGGCAACGUAAACUUGGACACGGGAGAAACGACAGUGCGCGUUAAGAGUAAGAGUAACGGACUCGAGUGAUCUGUAUUCACAACCUGGGGACUCUUAUCCUUCAGAGCUAAGCUUACACCCGCUGCUGACAAACUUAAGCCGAGUUGUACUCUCGCACAAGCAUAACACAGUUAUGCACCAUAGGAGAACUCUCUUGAUAUUAAGUGACCAAAUGAGUACAGC